ACAGUCAAAACCCCUAUUCCUGAUACAUUAUCCGCGUAAAAAGCUUGGAGUAAUCCCCCUUCAUUUUCCAUCGACGGCGAGGGUUUCGGAGUUUGGCCGCAUUCUAAACAUCGGAAACUAGAUGUUUGCAGUUCUUCUUUAACUAGCUGUGGGAUUAUGAAGUAAGCCAUUUGUCAAGAUGAGUAGCUUUUCUAUAACUGCCAGCCAGCUUGCUAGUUCACCUACCGCAUUUCCGGCCCAGGCUUUCAAACUUAAAAAGACAUAUAUACCCUCGUCAAUUUUUUUGGGAACAAAACUUCCUAAGAUCCCUCUGAAACUGACCUCUGCUACAUAUAAGUACCAGCAAGCUGCAACUGUCUGUUUGUUUGGUGGUAAGGGAAAAGCAGGGAGUGAAAAUGAGGCUUCUCCAUGGAAAGCUCUUGAAAAUGCCAUGGGCAAGUUCAAAAAGGAUCAGUCGAUCGAGGAUCUGCUGAAGCAGCAGAUUCAGAAACAAGAGUACUAUGAUGAUGGAGGUAGUGGUGGCAACCCUCCAGGUGGCGGGGGCGGUGAUGGCGGCGGUAGUGGUUCCGGUGAGCCUGAGGAUGAAAGUCUUUCCGGAAUGUGGGAUGAGUUCGUACAAGUGAUUCUUGGAACUCUCGGCUUUGUAUUUCUGUACUUCUACAUCAUUGAAGGAGAGGAAAUCACUGUGAUAGUGAAAGACUUUCUAAAGUUUGUGUUUAAAAGACAAAAGAGUAUACGUCUGAGACGUCUCAUGGACCAAUGGAAGAGGUUCUUCCAGAAGAUGAAAGAGAAGCCAGAGUAUGACCCUUAUUGGUUGGAGCGUGAAAUAUUCAAUACGAAUACGGUUUACGACAGCCCUCUCAAGUACAAAUUGGUCCUCCACGCUCUCGAGGCUAUCGAGUCGAGAUCUGAUGAUGAGUGAUGAUAUCGAAUUUGUUUUAAGUUCUCAAUUUCAAGAUAAUUUUGCUAUAACAUAUAUAUGGGCUAUGAUAGCGUUGUAGUUAAUUUGCUCGGCAGAUGUUUGACUUUUUUUUCCAUGAAAGGGCCUAGUAUUAGACGAAAUGAGUUCAUUUAUGCCAUUUUUUAACUGGUGGUUCUCUCAGACAAUGGGUUUUUUGGAAAUUUAAAAAAAAAAAAUGGCGGAAUUUGGAUUCAGUAACGAGG